AUGCUGUCCCAAUCCAGAUACACACCAAACCGGUUCAAUGCCAGCAGGAGUCAUCACCCAAACAGAGGCCUGGACCGUUCCUAUUCGUCCAAUCAACAAAACUUUGGGAACCAGAAUCGAGGGUUCAAGAGAAGGUAUAAUUCACCUGACUCUGUAGGGUACUCAAACACUCCUUCCGCUUCUUAUAGAGCAAGACAGAACCUAUAUCAACAACAUGCCACAUCUAAAUAUUAUGAAAACUCCUAUCAAAUGUGGAUGGGUGACCUUGAUCCGUCCUGGACGGAGGAAUUCAUUCAUUCCAUGUGGUCUUCAUUGGUUACACCACCAAAGGCAGUGAAAAUCAUGCGUGACAGGCUUAACCCCCUGAAGCCGUCUUACAGCUUUGUCACUUUUCAAGACCAAGAAACACUUGAUUUGGCUCUCCAAAGGAAUGGUCAAUUGGUGCCAAAUUCACACCGAAAGUUCAAACUAAGUCACGCCAGCGCAAAGAAUAACGCCCCCACUGGGGCAGCGUCUGGGAGUACUAGACCUACAAUAGGCGAGUUUUCGUUAUUUGUCGGUGACAUAGCAUCAGAUGUUAGCGAAACUGCUCUAUAUAGCAAAUUUAAUUUGAAAUACCCGAAUCAAAUCAAACUGGCUAGAGUUAUAGUUGACCAGGAAACCAAAAUCGGGAAGGGGUUUGGUUUCGUCAAAUUCUUCACGGGAGAGAUAAUGGAGAAGGCUUUGAAAGAGAUGCAGGGCGUUAUGUUGGGGUCGAAAGCUAUUAGAGUUGGUAUCGCAGCGGGUUCUGAAACAAGUCAAUCAAGCUCUCUUCACAACAAACCAGAUUACAAGAAAAUACCAAUUGCUCAAAGCCAGCCUGAGCUAGAUGCAAGCACAGAUGAGAAUAAUACAAGUAUAUCCAUAUGCGGUUUAUCGUCCAAGUUUACAGAGAGCGAACUUGAGCUGCUAUUUUUGGCCUUUGGAGACUUAAUUUACUGCAAGCUUUCGCGUGAUUUGCAAACGGGUUAUGUAAAGUUUUUGUUACGAAGUGCAGCUGAGGCGGCAAUGGCUCAUUUAUGUGGUUCCAUAAUUAGUGAUUGUCGGUUAGAAUUAGCCUGGGGAAGCAGUACAAAAGUCGAAGACGGUCCGACCAAAUUUGAACCGAAGCUCGAGGGUAGCUAUGAGCCAAGUGAAAAGCCUCCAUUAUUGUAUAAAUCAAACCAGUACCGCAACAAAAAGUUGUAUCUACUACCAAAAGAUGAUAUAAAUGCAUAUGCAACCCAGUUGGAUGGAGGUGAAACUAUGCUGACGCAGCAAGUGAAUGAUAUGUACUUGGAGAAUAAAAUGGCUCGAGAAAGUGUUUAA